CCCUGGAUCCCCCGUCGCCCCCUCCUCUUCCGCUCGAAUUUGAGCUCGAACAACUCGUGGUCACCGCUGCCUCACCGUCGUUACCACGGCCACCGUCGUCGCCAACCCGUGGGAGCAUGUCCAGGAGCUCCGUCAUCCUCGUAUUGUCUCCUGCGCCACUUGAUCAAGGCCGAGGUGCACCGGUGACGCCGUCCGCAUCGAUCCCCUUCGUCGGAUAUCGCCACUGCCGCUCGUCGAUCCGCUCCACCCCGAGCCUCUCCGGCCUUCAUGAGCCCGCCUCGAGCUUCACUGUACGAAAGCUUGGAGCAAGCACCGCCGACUCCAUCACCGCCCGCUCCUCCCACUCCUCUCCUGCACAUUCCGUUAGAGAUGCCGCUCCCGUACAUGUACGAGACCUUCCCCGAGCUGCUGCUGCCGGUGGGAUCUGUCUCAGACGAGGUCCUAGAGGCGAUGAGGGCAAAGCGGUGGCACGAGAGGGCAGAGCGGAUCCUCGACGAUGUCACGGGUUGGUCGCAGAGCGUGAAGGAGUGGAAGAAAGUGAAGGCAGAGAUGGAGGCAGAUCCAAGUAUCUACCGUGUCCGCCGGGAAGCGUGCAUUGAAGUUGCGCAAAAUUACACCAACUAUCUCCUGAGCAAUUUGGGCCGGAGAAUCUACUUCGAGAGCAAUGCGGAGGAGAGAGCCAGGAUGCCGCCCCCAAGUGCAUCUGCGUUCGAUAUCAUCAACUGGGGAAGGGCGGAGGCGAAAACUCCAGCGGGCAGGGCAAGAUGAGAGUGCUUGAAUGGUCGGAUGCCGACUAGCGUUCCGCCUCCGCCUGAACCGGUGGAUCCGCUGUCGUUUCUGUCUCCACGGCCGAGGCUAACAUACGAGGAGCUCUGAAGAUGAUGAUGUCUGCCCGCUCUUCGAACUUAUCAGCAAAUCGUCCUAUUAGUCUGUCUUGUGUCUUUCAAUUAUGUUCUCGAUGAAUAAUGAAACUAUGUGCCUCUUGUAAUGCCAUUUGUUCAUUAUCAAUUCAGUUUGGACAUUAAGUUAAC